CGGAGCUGCGCUUCGACACAAGCUCAUACAGCGACAACCCAGCGAGACCUGAAGAGAGGAGAACGAGCCUGAGCUAGAGAGAGAGAGAGAGGAAGCGAGCUCGAGGAACCGCGAGAUACAAGCACACGAAAGAGAACGGGACACGAGCUUUGCGCGACGACUCGACCGUUGACCAAAACUAGCCCAGGCUUUCUUACUUCUACAGGAAAAACAAACGUCUUUUCAGUGAUACGCAAAGGAACCUUAAGUUUACUUUAAACUUAGUGGCAAGUGGCGAACUAAACGCAGUGAUACUUAACUCAAGUGAUUGGUGAUUGCCUAUACCCUUUUUCGAGUAAAGAUGGAAACGUACAAGGUGCUUACGUCACUGUUGGUGCUGACUCUGACUGGACCCACCCUGGGGUACCCUUACACACGAGAUGUCGUCUCCCGAAGCAGUGGGAGAGCGCGAGACCAAGUAAUGGAUGACAGCCUCUCCGAAUACCUGGGAGGAUACGUGCAGGACCAACCCUACGAACUGCCAGAAUACCAACCAGCUUACCGUCAUGAAUACGCAACACAGCAGAGACCAAGAAUAAACGCUGAGGCGAUUGUUGCUUUACUACCGUACCUGGCUAACAAUAAUGAUGACUACGCGUAUGACUACAACAGCUACAGCGACGACGACGGCACUUGGUAUGACGACGUUGCUAACGAAGAUGCCGCCGAUAAAUCCGACAGCGAUAACGCCGCUCUUCUGCAAUUCCUUCUUGACCAUCGUUCUGGAAGAUAUUCCCUAGAGGAUCUCGAGACAUUGGAACGAGAAGCCGAGAUGGAAGAUAACACCGAAAACCAGCUCCAGGCUCUUAUGGAUAAAAAGAUCAACAAGAAGAGCAUGCCCCUCCUUGGUGCCCGACAGGUAGCCGUUGGAGUUCCAGUACCCAUGAGGAAAGGGCAGAAGGAAGAGGCCCUCGACAUCCCCUCAACCUCCGUCAGACGCCCUGUCUUCGCCCGACAGAUUGCUACUGUUCCUGACGAGAUGGAGCCCCAGGUCAAGAAGAGCUCCGAGCCCAUCAACGUCCCCGCCGCUGCCCAGGAAAACUCCGCCAACGCCCAGAUGCCCAAACAGGCGACACCCGCCGUUUCCGCCGUCAGCAGCGAGAGCUCUGGCGUCCCCGUAGUCGACACCCACCCCAAGGACGUGCCCCAGGCGGCGAUGACCCCCUUCAUGCAGAGCAAAUACGACGCCCUCAUGAAAUACCUGGACAGAGAAAGGAAGGUCCGACAGAACCAGGACAUCGAGCAGGAACUGCAGCAGGAGACCAAGUCACAGCCCCAGAAGAGAUUCGUGACGGAGCAGGACGUCCUGUCCCAGCAGCUGGUGAACCUGAAGAAGAAGGUCGCCUAAGUCCAUCGUCGGUCCACCCGACGGAGAGAACAAAUUCCGGCAAGCGAAGACCAUCCGAUCUUCUCCGACUACGAUGAUUCUCGUUCCCGUAACCGAUUUAUAUAUCUCUUGUGUUAUAUAAUGGGGGUCUCCCGCUUGGCGGCGUCGUUUCGACGCCCGCUCCGGCGGGACGAAGAUGUGGAGUUUUAAGAAGGAACUCGUAAACGAACGUCACCGACGGAACACCCGAAGAGAGUGGAAAAGCGACCUAAUUAGGCAUUCAGACUGCAAACUACCAUUUAGGAAGGAAAAAUAUAUGGAUACCCACCGAGGGAGGGAAGUCUCACAGGAGAGCUUCGAUUAGGAACCACAUCGUCCACAAACGUUCCUGUAGAAGCCCCCCUGCCCAAAAACGACGAGAGAGCAGCUCGAUUCUAUUUUCCUCCAGGAAGCGCGAAAAGGAAGGAGAGUUUUCAUCGCUGGAACGUCGAUGAACGCCCUGCAGAUCUGCACACCUUCAUUCGCAUCGCCAUUCAUUUCCAGAUGGACAAUACCAAAUGUCCCACCUGGAUGGGGCGCCCUGAGGAGGCGUCCCCUCCGGUGUGUGGACAUCCUGUAGGUGGUUCUCAACCGUUCCAAGGGCGGCAUUUUGAAUCCACAAACACGAAGCAAGCCCUCAUCAUCUUCUUCUUCUUCUUCAUCAUCGGAGAGAGAAGACGGGCGAACGGACGCGCCUCCUUCUCAAGAGAGGCACAUAAGCUAAAAAAAAAUAUAUAUUAAAAAAAAUUCUAAAAAAAAAGGAUUUACUGACUCGCUGUGUUAUAAAUGUCUUAUUAUCAAUAUCGUUUUAUCACUAUAUGAGUGGACUACACGGGGGGAAGUGUAUGUGCGUGUGACGAUGCGGAGGAAAUGAUUCUUGGCCGACGAAAGAACAGAGCAAUCACGUCCUUCUCUUCCUAGACGCAUAACAGGGAAGAAGAUGGAAGUCACAAGCUGGUCUCCCUGUCACCGAGGGGGGUUAUUUAUCCACAAAAAAGACAUUCAUUCCAGUGAUUACGAUUGGCACCUCCUCGCGAUGAUUCCAGGAAUUCCGAAUUUUCCAGCAGCGCCGCCAGAGCCAUGGAUAUAGAUAAGACUCCCGGUCGCCACCAUUGGCAUCCAGUGACCAGUUCGGGUCGCCAGCUUUGAAUUUCAUCGUCACACCCAAUCCAUUUCUUCGACGCAUUUCAUGCAUAGAGCGAAAAAACUUUUUCCUGCAGUGAAUAAUGAGCCUUAUUACAGGUACCUUUAACGUUCGGAUUGCUUUACUCCAACGCCUCGUAGUAGUAUAUCCGGGAGUGAAUCAGUUCGACACACCCAAGUCAGUUGUUUCGACUGGGGGCGACUGACUGACUGUUUACUUCUUACGCCUUUUGACGAGUGUGAUCAUUUCCAUUCACUCCCUUGGGUUGCGUUUUCUCUCCCCUUUUUGAGUCCUCCACCGAGUGGCACCUCCAAAAUUCGUAACUUUUUACAUAUUUUUUUAACAUUUUCUACUCCUUUCACUUAACUCCUCCACCUUUUUACCUGUCUCACCUUCAUGUGUAAUCUCGCACACACGCCAAACGAAUUUUUUUUAUUUAUUGCUUUCAAUACCUGUCACUCUGUAAAAGACAGUUUUAGUAUUAUUGUAUUCAUAUCCAAGUGAGGGAAAAAUUGUGUAUAAAUAAGCCGUGGAAUUAUUCAUUAGAAUAUUUUUUUAUAUGUACUCCAAAGAGGGUUCAAGUCUGUGAGAAGAUAGCAAUUAGAUUCGAUUCCAUUAGAAAGGCCUGAGAGAGAAAGGAUCACACCGGCUGAUCUCUUUUGCGGAAGACGUUGUUCAUACUUUUAUUCAUUCGUUAGGAAUAUCUUAGAAAUCUCUCUCUCUCUCUCUCUCUCUCUCUCUCUCUCUCUCUCUCUCUCAUUGCCUUACAUUCUGUAAAGUUUAUUUUCGAUCUCUCGUACAAAGAGAAAAAAAAACCGAAGGAUUAACUCGAGUGUUUUCUGCCCUCUUAGAGAAGAUCGGCUGAGAUAUGAUUAAAAUUCUUUCGUGCUACAAUUUGUACCUGUUUAUAUGAUUUAUACAUUUUUUUAGAUCAUUGCGUUGGAGAAAAAAAUUUUGCUUGCACGCACAUCCAUACGCACGCAAGCGCGUAUCCAUGUACGUGUAAUUCAAUGUGUAUACACAUACAUGUGAAAAGUGUAAGAAAUUCUUGUUGAAUUGAACCCAAGAAGGUUUUUUUCUUUUUCUUGGGUCUUUUUUAUAACAUAAUUAAUACCAUGUCUUUCCAGUUGCUUUGUUUUGUCUCCUAUUCUCGACUGUACUGAGAGACGCGGGGCCUGCUUGCUUCCCUAAGGAUUAUGAUAUUCCAUCGCGAACAUUGAAAUACGAAUUCAUAAGAUUGAGACAGAAAACUACUUAAAAACUAGUUUUUUUUUAAUCCGCCGUUGCUCUGUCAUCUCUUUCAAGUCCAUUCGCGAGAGCAAUUGUCUUGAUUUCCUCUUUCGUAAACAAUGAAGAAGUAAAAGAAGAUAACUCGACAGAUGGAAGACAAUAUUCCUUGGCAGGCAGCUCACGUCCUAUCUGAUUAUCUUGGUCCAUUGUUAAGGCAACCAGUUGUGUAUGUUCGUGUGUGUGUAUAUAUAUGUAUGUAUAUGUAUAUGCGCACACACAUACACGCAAAUCUCUGUUUUUUUAUUAUAUAUAUAUAUAACUCAUUCUGAUGCCAAAUGCGACCACAUUUAUUACAUAUAUACAUAACACUCUCUAAUCCUUUCUUAUGAGGAUAACUCAAUUUGUACAUUGUAUGUACCAUAUCAUCUCAAAAAAUCAAAUAACUUAUUUUUGUAUAAUAAAACUUUAAAAAAAAUAUAACAAACAUAAAGCAUAGGACAUUAGAAAUUUAAAAAAAACGAAAGCUAUGUAUAACUAAAACUUAACAUUAUGCCUGGGGGUUAGAAGAAACAAAACAUGGGCAUUUCUGUUUACUACAUUACUACAUAUCGUAGGAUAUGUGAGAAAAUGUUGAUGAUCUGUAGAAAAAGUAAAAAACAAUAUAUAAAAAAACCAAUGUUAUACAUCCUCCGCCAAUUCAAAGGGUUCUAAUGCCUACUGCGACAUCUAUUUCUUGAAAUGUGAUAUGUCAGUCAUCGGACGUUUGUUAAUAAACUUUUAUCUUGUAAUACA